CCUACUGGGCCAGGUCGCCGCGCAGACCUGACGAGCGAGGGCCGGAGACCGGACUUGGAGAGCGGCGGUGGCUGCUAAACUAACCGGAUGGACGCGGAUAUACCUCGGCUGGGCCUGAGGCUCGGGGUCCUGCGGUCUGCGUGGGACGGAAACGAGCUCGCCUUUUGAAGACUUACUUGAGCCCAGAACUCCGCCAUGGAAUUGGUGCCAACCCCCAAGCCACCCUCAGGACCCCCAGCCAUGGACUUGGAGGAGCCCAAAGACCCUCUCAUGCCCUCUGAGGACAGCCAGUGGGCCUUGGUGUCAGGAGGCCCUGUCAGUGUGGCCCAAAUGGAGCUGGACUCAUCUAACAUUCAGGAUCUAGCUGAGCAGUUGGAAGCCCUAACAGGCCAUUUGGGGGACCCAGACGGAACCCCUUGCCCACUGCACACUGCUACUGCCCACAGCCUGGCCCCUCAGGAAACAGCAGACCCCUGUGGGCUCUUGUCCACUGAGGCUGGUCAGCAUGGUUUCCUGCAGUGUGGGAUGCACUUGCCUACCCCGCCUUGUCCCCAGGGACUUCUACAGCCUGUUCCAUGCCCGCUACAGCCAUCUGAGGACCCUGAAGGGGAGCCUGGACCUCCAUAUUCUGCAGAGGGGGCAUCAACAGAGCAGGGAGAUAGCCGGAGUUCCAGCAGUUCCCCAGAACCUUGGCUGGAGACCAUGCCCCUGGUGGCAUGCCCAGAGCAAUCUAUUAGUACCCAGAGCCCUGAAACCCUGGCUUCCUGUCCUGCCCUCCCUGAGGUCUCAGUUCCAGGUCCCUGUGACCACGACGACCUCUUAGAUGGUGUCAUCUUUGGGGCCAAAUAUUUGGGUUCCACGCAGCUGCUAUCUGAACGGAACCCGCCCCCCAGCACGCGCAUGGCACAGGCCCGAGAGGCCAUGGACCGUGUCAAGGCCCCAGAUGAUGAGACCCAGCCCAUGACCGAAGUGGACCUGUUUGUCUCCACCAAAAGGAUCAAGGUGCUUGCAGCAGACUCCCAGGAGGCGAUGAUGGACCACGCCCUGCAGACCAUCUCCUACAUCGCUGACAUUGGCUCUGUGCUGGUGGUAAUGGCGCGGCGGCGGCUGGCUCGGAGGACCACACCCCGUGACCGUGACCGACACCUCUACAAGAUGAUUUGUCACAUCUUCCACUCAGAGGACGCCCAGCUUAUUGCCCAGGCCAUUGGCCAGGCCUUUGCCGCAGCUUACAGCCAGUUCCUCCAUGAGAAUGGUAUUGACCCCAGCCAAGUGGGCACCCAGCCAGGCCACAAUGCAAGCAGCCACCCCCACAAUGGAGACCUGGACCACUUCUCCAACAGUGAAAAUUGCAGGGAGGUGUUCAUUGAGAAGCGCCCUGGUGAGGGUCUGGGCGUGGCCCUGGUGGAGUCUGGCUGGGGCUCGCUGCUGCCCACAGCAGUCAUUGCCAACCUGCUACAUGGGGGCCCUGCUGAGCGCUCAGGAGCCCUCAGCAUUGGGGACCGCAUCACUGCCAUCAAUGGGACCAGCCUAGUGGGGCUUCCCCUGGCCACUUGCCAGGCUGCCGUGCGCGAGGUGAAGCGACAUGCAUCUGUGAAACUCAGCAUUAUCCACUGUCCCCCGGUCACCACCGCCAUCAUCCGCCGGCCACAUGCACAGGAGCAGCUGGGCUUCUGCGUGGAGGACGGCAUGAUCUGCAGCCUGCUGCGCGGGGGUGUGGCCGAGCGUGGCGGCGUGCGCGUGGGACACCGCAUCAUUGAGAUCAAUGGGCAGAGCGUGGUGGCCACACCACAUGCCCGCAUUGUGCAGCUGCUCACUGAGGCCCACGAGGUCCAUAUCAAGACUAUGCCGGCUGCCACCUACCGCCUGCUCACGGGCCAGGAACAACCCGUGUACCUGUGACCAGCCAUCAUGUCCUGGUUCCUACCACGGUGCCUUAGUCCCUGCCAGCCACUUCCUCAGCCAGCCGGGACCCCCAGAGAUUCUCAGUCCUGUGUAUUUUCUGAUGUAAAAAAAAUUAAAGGUUUAUUCAACAA